UUUCGUUGUCACUGGAUAUUGGUACGAAGAAUCUAAAUAAUAAGCAAAGUUUUGUUGUGAUCAUCAGGGUUGGGCAUUAGUACAAAUUUGUUCAAUAAGGUUUAAUGUAAAUAAAGUAUGAUAAUUUUAUUGUGUCGAAUAUGGUUGAAGUAUUAGUUGAACACGACUAUAUAGCAAAAGAAUCUGAUGAAUUAACAAUAAAAAAAGGCGAUAUAAUAAAAGAUGUAGUCAAAAAACAGGACGGUUGGUGGAUAGGCGUCCUAAAUGAUAAAAAGGGGUUGUUCCCAGACAAUUUUGUAAAAGUUUUAACUCCUGAUUCACAAGUUGUAAUGAGAUCGAAAACAGAUGUAUCCAGAAUAAGGCAAUGCAGAGUGAUAUACAGCUAUUCCCAAGAUCAUGAAGAUGAAUUAAAUUUAAAUGUAGGAGAUAUAAUUACCAUUAUUGGUGAGGAAGAAGAAGGUUGGUGGAAAGGAACUCUAAAUGGAAAGGAAGGUGUAUUCCCAUCAAAUUUUGUUGAAGAAAUCAAACCUGUAAAUGUAGCACAUUCCAAUAGUAAAGAUAAUUUAAUUUUAAGUAAUAAGGAUUGGGAGGACGAUGGAAAGCCAUCCAAUUCUUCAGCCAAACAGUUAUGUUUAGUGAAAUAUUCGUACACGGCUCAAAACGAAGAUGAACUAACAUUAACAGAAGGUGAUAAAGUCACCAUACUUAGUAAAAAUUUAGAAGAUCCCGGAUGGUGGAGGGGCGAACUCAACGGGAAAGUUGGAGUAUUUCCAGAUAAUUUUGUUGAAAUUAUAGCCGAGGAUAAUGCAAAACAAUCAGCCGUCGUGCGACCGAUGAAUAUGCCAGUAACGACAGCAUCUCACCGCAAAUCCACCGAAAUAAAAAAUGACACCAGUAAAUCUCCCCCAGUUCCUAGUAAAAAACCUCUUAUAUCAAUUAAAAAAUCUCCUUCCGGAAGCUUGCUGUCCGAUUUAAAGAAGAAACUUGUGGACGUCGUGGACGGAGCAUCGAGUAGCAAGUCUAAAAACGAUGUACACGCAGAAACCAAGGAAUUUAAUAACAACAACAACGACGCAUUCGAUCAGGUGGAGAGGAAGCAGUUGCUAACCGAUGUGCGAGCCACAAGAGCGAAAGCACCUGGAAGGAGACCUCCAUCUACAAUACUGAAACCUACGGAUCUCGACCUGAAUGGCAUUCCCUACGGUGACGAAACUGAACCAGAAGAAACUACCGAUAACCAGGAAAGCGUAGAGAUCCGGCCGAAAAUACGCGAAUGGGAGAAGCACAAAGCGCCUUGGUUGAAUGAAAUGAAGCAGCUCCAAGUGAAGAGGACGUCCACAUCGCCCGGACCUGACAGGAAGCUACGCGUGUCCGCUGCCGUGGAGAAAGAAACGUUGAACAUCGAUGCGAAAGAUGAUGUGUCAAAAUCGAAACCGCACGUAGAGAAUCGGGCUUCGUUAGAGAAACCCGUGGCGGCGGAUACGUCUGCCAAAAAUCCCGCUCCGGUGCCCACAGCCAAGCCCAAACCUACUCCGUCGCCCGUCGAUUCCGAAAAGGCGCCCCCGCUGAAACAGAAACCAACGAUACCGGUAACUGGUCGACAGUUGCAACAGAACAACAGCAAAGAUAUACCACCGAAGCCCAAGGUCUCCCCAGUUACACCUAUUCUAACGCCGGAACGACCCCUUGCUGAUUCGGAAACAGUCACGCCCAAGGAGUACAAUCGGCUGCUUGAUAGAGUGCGGAAACUCGAAAUGCUCGUGGAGAAACAGCACCACAUGCACACCCUCGUCAUCGAAGAAAUGCAGAAUAAACUCGACUUGGAAAUUGAACUCAGAAUGCUUUUGCAAGAGAAAGUUGAAAAGAUGUCGCUAAGCGUGAUGCAGGUUUGAGGGAAUGUUGUUCCCGUAUUAAGGGCUGUAAAUUUUGUAAUUGGCAAUGUAAUAUUGUGUUUCUAUUAUAUUUAUUUCUGCAUAUAUAAUUAGUAACUGGUAACUUCUCUUUCUGAUGAGUCAAGCCUGGGGAUGUUUUUAUCUAGUCAAAAUGUUUUUAAAGCUAUUUUAAAAUGAGAACAGCUAUUAAUUUUAUGCCUAAAAUGGUAUGGUAAUUGUUUAUAAUAAUUGUUGAUUAUUGUUUAUACUAUAAUAUACUCUAUAUGUAUACCUAAUUGUUUAUACUAACUAAUUACUAGUAUUUUAUUAAUUUAUUAUUAAUUAUCAUUUAAUUAAAAAUAUACAUUAAACUGUCUGUAAAUAUAUGUUUAUUAAAAUAUUUUUAACAAAACCACUCACAUAAUGAAUGAAAUUAUUCGAGUUUCUACAAAAUAGUUUAUGUAAGAUACAUAAUUUACAUUUUUGUUUUUACUCCAUAUGUUUGAAUUUAUUGACAAUAAUGUGGUAUAAACAUCCCUGGUAAUAAUUGAGAAGUUGCUUGAAUAUAUUUUUUAAAUGUAUAUAAAAUAAUAAAUAUAUAUAUGAUAAUUUUUGCUUUACAGAAUGUCAAAUUUUUAUACAUUAUAAUUUUUAUACCGAGGUAGCCUAAUUAAUUAUAAGUGAUUGCUCAUUAUGGAUGUUUUAUCCAUUGUAGUACCUAUGAAAAUAUUUUACAAUUUUUCAAAGAGUAUUAAAUAUGUAUAUUUGUCUUUAAGAUGUAUCGACAGUAUUAAAAUAAUACAAAUUUAUUGAAAUCAAUGAUUAAAUUUUAUAAUCAAAAAGUUUUUUAUGAAAGUUAAUCAUAAUUAUUCUGACUUAAAACUAAUACUAAGAUUGUUAGUCUUAAGAGGAUAGCAAACAUUUUAUAUUUUAAAUUAAUUUGUUUUAUGAUGCAGAGAGCUUAAAUCUUUUACACAAUCAAAAAUUAAGUUAGAAAAAUUUUGUUGAAAUCCAGCAUGCAUAAUUGUGACAAUAUAUUAAUGUAAUGCAGAUUGAUUUCUAUACAAAAAUGUGUAUUAUAAUUAGGUUGUGUAUGUACUUUAAUAUUACCAUUAGUAUUUACUCUGAACCGACAGCUGAAUUGUUAGUAUGCAUCAUGAUAUUAGUUUUAGUGAUGAAAAUCUUAGAAAUCUAUUGCUAAUAGAGGGUAAAUUUUUUACACUUUUAUUGAAACUUCAGUUUAGUAACUACCCAAUUAAACUAAAAUUAAGCAGACUAAAUUAUGUUCUUACAAGUAAUAUUCAUAUAGAAAAUUAAUAAAUAAGCUUAUUCAUCGGGAAAAGACUGUGAUACAUACAUAGACAUUCCACAAAAUUGCACAUUUUUAAUCCAAUAGUAUUGAGCGAUACAUUAUUUAUUUAUGUGUACCUAAACAAAGGUUGAACCGUACUAUUAUCUUAAUUUGAGGGUAGACUGACUUAUGUCAACUAAUAAAACAUUGUAAAUAUAUUUUAAUGAGAUAAACUAUUGUUUAGGUCUAUAAUUUAAUUUCACUCGAAGCUUUCCAGGUACUGCAAUUUAUAACUUUAGGAUCUAUUUAUUUUAUUUAUAAUUUUAAUACAUAAUUACUUAACAAAUUUUGAUAUAUUUAAUAUUCGAUUUUGUAAAUGGUGAUAGGAAUGCUUAUUGCAAAAUGUAACUAUACCUGUAAAGUAAUGUACAUUUUGGCUAUUUUAAUAAUUUUACAAGAAUUAACAUUCCAUUAAAUAUGGGUUUCCCAGUUGUGUAAAAUUGAAUAAAAUUAUUGAAACCCACGCCUAACAUUGUAUGUAAAUAAUUUUGAAUUGUACUUAGAUAUAUUGUUGACUUAAAUAAACAGUAAGACUUUCAA